AACCUCCGUUCGAUCCCAUUUCCUCGACGUACGGUACUAUUACCUUAUAUCACACCCCGACGGCACCAAAUCUUCUUUGAAUUAACCAAGCAGAGGCUAGAGAAAGACUGGCGAUAUUCACAAAUAAGUACUUCUACAAAGCAUUAUCGACGCUUAACUGUGUUUUCAACUCUUGGAUUCACUUCCAUUUUCCAUCCCCACGAAUAAUCACAGCUAUGCUUCCAAUUCUCUACAAGAAUCGAAGUUUGGACAGUCGUCGGUCUCAACGGCUUAUGUCCGCUAUUGCAAUAUUGCCAUCGUCAAUUUUCCUCUUAUUGUGUUUCAUUAGCACAGAAAUCAGUGGAGUGUCCAUCGCCUUGGUGUCGGGAUGGAGCCAAACGAAUUUUAUACAAAGCUUUGGUGGCAGAAGAACCCCCGUUUCAUUCUCACCAGGAUCAUCGCAGUGGGCGUUCCGCGUCCGAUUGGGAAAGGCCCCCGCCAACUGCCAGUCAGACUUUUUUGAGGAUCCCUCGAUCGGCAUGGACAAUUCCAAUAGGGAAGCCAAAGAGUUGUACGCCGAAAACAUGGGCCUCCGCGACUCGAUUCAAAAACUGGAAGAAGAAAACGAGCGGCUGAAAAAGUUUGUAGAGCAACAGCACCAACGGGGGGCAGGGACGGUGUCCGCGAAGAAAAACAACAACGACAAGACGAUUGUCUUGGAACGAUUUGAGGGAGAGCACUUGUUUGAUUUCGACACGGAACCUUCAACCUCGUCGUUGUCGUCGCAAGCAGUGGCUACCAAUGAGAUGAAAGAAGAAUUAUGGUGCGACGUUUUGGAUGGUGACCAAUGUCCGGUCGAACCCAGCGUAUCGUUUGGAGAAGCCCUGCGAGAUAGAGCCUAUUGGUUGGUUGGUAUGUUUUGUUUGCGUGAUUGGAAAUACAUAUUUCUUCGGAUUGAACCCGUGCCAAUAAGUGUUCUGUGGUUCAUCACCGGCAAUUCCCCUCUUCUAAUACGUAUCGUUUGGCAUCGUUUUCACACAGGUCUUUUGAUCAUGCAAUCUCUCUCCGGAAUUAUUUUGAGUCGAAACGAGCUUCUACUAGCAAACCAUCCAGUCAUUAUAUACUAUCUGACCAUGAUGGUCGGAGCGGGUGGCAAUGCAGGAAACCAAGCCAGUGUUCGAGGUAUGUUCGCUGUCUCGACUGGGCGUGGUGCGUCCGGAAUCAUUUCUACCUACCUGUUUCACUGAAAUCCACCAAACCAUUGUGUUUUUUUGGCGUCCUGUUUGCAAUACACAUUUUAAAAAAAUAUCUUGUUCAAGUGAUUCGAGGCAUCGCUUUGGGAACACUAAACGAACAAACAAGAGGGCAAUUUCUGAUCCGAGAACUCAAAAUGGCUGGGGCCCUGAGUUUGAUACUUUCUGCCGCGGGGUUCUUCCGAACAAUUUUUUUCAAGACCCCGUUUCCAGAAGCAGUGACCGUGACGUCGGCUCUAUCCCUGAUCGUAUUUACUAGCAUUUGUCUCGGAGCGAUCCUCCCAUUGAUAUUAGAGAGGAUAGGAAUCGACCCCGCCCAUUCUUCCACUACAAUUCAAGUGAUCAUGGACAUUUUGGGUGUGGCGCUAGCCGUGUUUGUUUCGGGAUUGAUUCUAGAUGGACCCCUGGGGGCUUUCCUUCUCCCAAAGCUGGGAUUCUCUUAGGAAUACCACCCUUCUAAAAUAGAGCUAACCUUACAACAUACCCAACGAAAGUCAUAGACACUUCACGAGACCCUCGUUCUGACUUUCUGCAAAAUCGUUUCACUUUCUUUCCCUUGAAAACGCUUAUGAGAUGACAAAUUUCAACAUGUG